UUCGUUGGAAAGCCUGAUGGCUUCACGGUGUAUGCAACAAAUUCAACAAAACAAAAUCUGGCAGCUCUGCCUUUGCCUAUCGCGUGAAAAACUGAAAAGAAGAGAAAGUUUGCAGACGCGUCGUUCGUAGAGCUGAAAAGCUAAUUAUUUUAGUAAAAACACAGCCCGACUUCAAGUAAAAAUGGCAGACUCUGACGAUGAGUACGACCGUAAGCGUCGCGACAAGUUCCGCGGUGAACGCAGCUCGGGAGGAGAUAGCUAUCCUCGAGGAGUGGAUCGUGCGGAUCGGUCCCGCGGUCGGGACGACUGGUCCGAUCGUGGCAGACCUCGGCAAGAUUAUCGUGACUAUCGGCCGCCGCCAAGGGAUCGGGGAUAUUCCCCGUCGAGAGAGGGCCCUCCGAUGAAACGUAUGCGUGGUGACGGCUGGGGCGACGAUAGAAGGCAGGGCUAUGGCGGUCACGACGGCUACGGAAUGUAUGGUUACGGACACGACCAUUUCAGUAUGCAUCCUAGUGCUGGACCGUACGGGCAUCAAGCCCCCAUGCAUCAGAGAGAACCACAAUCUUCGUCUGACAUGCAAACGCAACCGUGUAUGAUGACGCUGAAGCAGUUCCUAGCAACGCAGGAUGACGCCAUCUCAGACUCGGAAGCAAUUCAGAAGUACAACGAUUACAAGCUGGAGUUCAGGCGGCAACAGUUGAACGAAUUCUUUGUGGCACACAAGGAUGAGGAAUGGUUCAAAAUCAAAUAUCAUCCGGAGGAAUCGCUUAGACGAAAGGAGGAGCAGCUCGGUUUUCUGAAGAAACGCUGCGAUGUGUUUGUUGAGCUUCUAGAAUCCAAGGAAGUCACCAAGGUCUCGGUGGACACGUCCAAUUCCGAACAGUUGCUUCGCUUGCUAGACACGGUGGUCAUCAAGCUGGAGGGUGGCACCGAAGAGGACCUGAAGGCGCUGGACGAGAAACCGGUCGAGGUUGUUAAAACAUUCCCGGAAAAACCUAAAUUUGAGAUCAAACGUGAACCACUGGACGACGUUAUUAAGAAGGAAAAGUUUAGCAUUAAGGAGGAAAAGUUUGACCGUACCGAACCUAAGCUAGAGAAACCGAUUGACCCUGCUAAGGACGUGAUUGGUGGUGGCGAGUGGGAUGAUGAAGAUCCGAUACCAAUACCUAAACCAGCCGCGGUUGAACCUCAGCCUGAAGCGGAAAAAGAGCCGGAACCCGAAUCGGCUAAGGAGCAUGAACGCGAGCCGGAGGAUGAUUCAUCUUCGAGGAAAAAAGAUCGCAGAAAGAGAAGCCGCUCAGAUUCCGGUUCGAGUUCGUCAUCGUCGUCGUCAUCUAGUUCCAGUGAUUCCGAAGACGAGAAAGAGAAGGAGAAAAAGGACGAGGAGGACGAAGAAAAAACAGCAGAACAAGAGGAUGUAGCAAACACUCCACCACUCCCCGAAGCUCGGGAGGAACGCGCCAAAAGUAAUGGUCAUAGGAGCGCUGGAGAAGAGGAACCGGAAAGUGAAAAUAAAGAUUCAGAGGAACCAGAGAAAAUGGACACUCAAGACAAUCCUAGUGUUACAGAAGAUGCCGCUGCAGGCGAAGAAAAUGAACAACCAGAAAAGCAGACCGAUGGCAGCGACCAUGAGAAUACAAAUAAAGAACCCGAGGGUGAACCAGAAGAAGCAGAACAUGGAGAAACAAUCGACUUGGUCAAAGAUGCCAACGCAGUUGCUCCCCGGGCACUUCAUAGAACCAGUUCUAUUUUCCUUCGCAAUUUAGCACCUUCUAUCACGAAGGCAGAAGUGGAAGCUAUGUGCAAGCGGUAUAAUGGCUUUCUUCGGGUUGCUAUUGCCGACCCAUUGCUAGAGCGAAGAUGGUUCCGCCGGGGUUGGGUUACGUUCCGUCGAGAUGUAAACAUUAAGGAGAUUUGCUGGAAUCUUAAUAACAUUCGCCUUCGCGAUUGCGAAUUGGGUGCAAUCGUGAACAAAGACUUGAGCAGACGUGUACGUCCGAUCAACGGAAUCACUUGCCACAAAACGAUCGUUCGAAGCGAUAUUAAACUUUGUGCAAAAAUCACUCAUAAUUUAGAUGACAAAGCUGGUCUGUGGCAGGACUCGACCUCUAACAAUGGCAAUAAAAAUGGAGAAUUUUUCGGAUUGAACUCGAGGAAUCCUGUGUUACAGAAUAUAACCGACUAUCUUAUUGAGGAGGCUUCAGCGGAGGAGGACGAGUUGCUUGGACUAUCGACAGAAACCAAGAAAGGUACCGAGGGAGAAAUGGUUGAACGUGACACCGUGUUGAUCGAGGUUUUGGACAAACUUAUUCUGUACCUGCGAGUGGUUCAUUCGGUUGAUUUCUACAAUCACUGCGAAUACCCAUACGAAGAUGAAAUGCCCAACCGCUGCGGCAUCAUUCACGCGCGUGGUCCACAACCACAAAACAAGGUUAGCGCUAAUGAAAUUCAGGAAUACAUUCGCACCUUCGAAGGGAAAAUGGGAUCUUUUCUUUCGCGGGUUUCCGAGCUGGAAGACGAAGAGAUGAAAAAAAUGGGUGCGAAGGAUGCCGAAGCCGAGGUGGAAAAGUUUAUCCAGGCCAACACGCAAGAGCUAGCCAAGGACAAGUGGCUCUGCCCACUGUCGGGUAAGAAGUUCAAGGGACCGGACUUCGUACGGAAGCAUAUCUUCAACAAGCACGGUGAAAAAGUCGACGAAGUACGCAAGGAGGUUGAAUACUUUAACAAUUACCUGAAGGAUACCAAGCGGCCGCAGCUACCCGAACAUCCGGGUAAUACCAAGAAGGCGCCGGUUGAAGCCCCGCCACCGACAACAGGCUAUCGUUCCGCAUACGGUAUGUCUCACGGAUACGCUCCCAUGUAUGCCCCCUACGCACCACCGAUGAUGGCACCAGCUGGUCGCGGUCGUCCUGGUUUCGGGCGUGGUGGAAGAAUGGCGCCCGACUAUCGCCCAGUGAUCCACUACCGCGAUCUGGACGCUCCCCGUGAGCCGGAUGAAUUUAUCUAAAUCGCUUCAAACGUCGCAUAGAACAAUUCACACAGUAGCAUCGCAUAUUGUAGCAUUAAUUUUACCCACAUUUAACCUUGCCACCGACGCAUUGUUUCUUGCGAAUCUGCAAGUCCGUACCUAGUGCUUCAUUUUACACUACCUUAUUCUGUCUUAAUGUUGAAAGCGAUCACAGUUUCAAGGUGUAAUGAUUUGUGAAAUAUAUUUAGUCUGUAACGACUGAGCGAUGGUCCGAUGACACUUAUCGUAAUAAAUGUGUGUUUAAUGGAUUAAACGUUUUCGCUACCUGUACAUCCGAAAAGAGCUUCAUUAGUAUAAAAUCAAAUUAGAGACAAAAUAUUUGACAUCGAUCGUUGAUAUCAGAACGACUUUAGGAAAAAUGAUUUUCCUAUUCCUAUUUCGUAGUGGACAAAAAGUGUGCGUAAUCAUUUCGAAAACAGCAUCAUGAGGAUGUGCCCAAUGACUGUUCGGUAACGUUGGUAAAGUGUCGGACCACAACCACGGAUGAAGCAUGGGUUCACCAUUUCAUGCUCGAGACGAAAUGACAAUCAAAAUAACGGACUAGACUGGAAAGUUUAGUGAGCCAUAAAUUCGAUGGAGACUGUGCGCAAGAUAUCCUAGAAAAAUGGAAGAGAAUCAAUCUAGCAAUAAUCGACACCGCGAAUAAAACAAUAAACUGUCCAUUUUUGUACAUCCAGCCUUCGAGGUCCAAAUAUACCGAUGCAUACGGUAUCUCGGUGUUGAAGCCACAAAUGGUCGAUUCGGGUUGACACUUCGAAUUUUCAAAACCACACGACUUGGAAAUAGGUUAUACGUUUCCUGUGGAAACGCUAUUUUAUGUUUACUUCACCACAACAAGUUUCGGGCAUCGUGGAUUCACUAUUUGAGUCUUGAGAAGACUGCGAGAUGAACACAGAUGUGACAUAGAUCCUGAAGAAAGGUUUACUGCUAAUUUAGGAUGUACGAAAAAACGAAAAUUAUCGAAAAAAGAAAUACAAGCCAGAAGCGUUGAAACAAAGCGUGGUAAUUUACACCAGGUUAAGCUUCAUGAGUGCGGGUGUAAAUUAAAAUAUGGAUCAAGCAUUACUAAAGAAAAUCGAGUUUAUUUGAACUUUGAACACAAUGUUUUGGGUACCUAAUAAAGAAAAUCAAAAAAGGUAGUUUCGCAAGAACGCGCAGUGUUCAGAAGUUCGAAGUAACGAAGAAACGGAAGUUUGACGAGGAUAUCACAAAAAAUAGCUACGUAUUUCAACUGGUGGCCUAAAACAUUUCUUCAGUUGAAGUGUGUACGAAAUUUUUUCAAACACUGAGUGUCUUUCAAGUUCAUAAAUAUAAAGCUAGGAAAGUCUAACGUGUUGCAAAUCUAAAUAUUUAUUGACACAGAAACAGGAUUUAUCGGCACGUUAGAGGAAAUCAACCAAAAAGUCAUUACAAGGAAGUUAUGCCCGAAGCACAGCAAAACAUGAUGCAAUUAAAAUUCACAUGCUAUCUACGGUCAAACGGAUUAUAUCAUCCGUCAGAUCUCACUGAAAAGAAGAAAUUGAUAUUUCACUUGUGCGAUUGGGAAUGGAAGAGUGUGAGUUAUGUGUCACUACAGCACAACAUCGCAAGGCAACCUAAAAUUGCUACGGAAAUUUUUGCCUGAUCCGCAUCCCCCAUGAUGAGCAUUUCAAAGUAGCGGAAAGAGGUGGAGAAACUGUAUUAUUGGAGUCGUAGAUCUCGAAAAGUCGAUUUAAAUUUGGCAAAUAUCUUUCAAGUCAACUGCUGGGAAAUUUAUUUCGAAUAUUUAACUUUCAGGUUGUACAGCUACCUAGACAGGCUUGAAAACGACAAUCUUUUCUCGACGACUCAAAGCAUCUAAUGUUGGGAGAUAUACGAAGUGCGUUCUGGUUAUUGCUUGUUCGUGUGACGAAUCGGGGACUGGCCGGUCUGUGAAAGAUAUAUCAAACACAAUUCAUAUUGAUUAGACCAUAAAAUCGUUUCAUGGCUGAAUAGUUGCGCUACUCGAAACAAAAACUGGAAUUUGUUAAUUAAUCUGAUAUUCCGAAAAUAUCAAAGUGAAUCAAACAGAAAUUUUUCGAGCCUGGACACACAUUUAUGGCUGCCGACAGCUACCAUGCUGCUGUUUGGAGAGCAAUCUGAACAAAAUCCACCUGUGACAUAUCCCGAUUUUACGAACCUACUUCAAGUUGCACAGUCAAAUGUGACAGUGCUAGAUAUGAAGCCUGAGUAUUCUUCGAGACUCAGAUUUAGUUUUCGAUUUACAUGGAUCUGAAAGAAAACAAGUGGUCAUUCAAGAAGGUAGCUACAAGAACAUGUACGGAGAGUCGAUGGAAUGUGAUGCAGUGCUGGAGAAUUUCAUUCUGCUCUCAAAAAACAGCACCUAACUAUCACGUUCAAUACUUCUAGUAUAACUUUCAUUAGUGAUUGAAAUAAAAUGGAGAGAUACAGUGAGUAAAACGUAAUAUCCAUAAUGAAGUCAGUGAAAGGUAGAGAUAUGUUUGGCUUACAUGAAUACCUAUAUACUUAACCGGAAAAGAUAUGGUAAAUGUAAAUUUUCAAACAACUGCAAGCAUUCAGAGUAGUGAAAGAAAUUGAUAUUCUACGGGGAGUUUACUAAAAUGCGUCACGUGACAGGACGAGCUGGUUGCAUGGCAACAGCUACUGCCGUUUUGCAGAUGGUGCACACAGGCUACUCUCGAGCAUGCACCUGAUCCCAUAGAAAAUGAGACAAAAAUAUUUCGCGACAAUGAAAAAGAAAAUCUGGAGACAGUUGAGGUGGCGUCACCAAAAUAACUCAGGUAAGAAAGCUUUUCUCAUUUAUUGUUUUAUUCACUCAUCGAACAAAAUUGAUCUAUUUUAUCAUGUACAGGUAACACGCAACUCACAUUUAUUCAAUUGUAGAGUGUAUGAGAUCCAAAACUUCUUCAAAUAUUCGUGGAGCCACGUAGUGUCGGUGGCUUUGAUAUAAUUGAAAAAAAAAAAAAAUCUUGACGAUGGUGAAAAGUCGAGUUAGUCGAAGAUGUGGAGGAUGAUGGCCAACGGACGAUUAUUUUUGGGACACGAGAAAGUGUUUUUUGGCGCAAUCAGAUAAAAUACUGGAUCGUAGACGGAACAUUUUGUACUGUGCCCUCAUUGUUUCGGUAACUACUAACGAACCAUGCGAGCAUUAGACCUUCCCAGGAGCGUACUUUUCCGGUAAUUUUUAGCGUAAUUGACAUCGAAGCACGAGUUACUGUAUAGAAAGGGCUUUGGCAAGAUUUUAGAAUACGGAGAAGAAAAGAAUUUGAGGCUUGAGCCAUCAAUUGUAAUAAUUGAUUUUGAAAAAGGCUUAAUCAAUGCAUUCAAAGUAGAAUUUCCGAAAACACGGUAAUCCGUCAAAAUUUGUGUAGGUUUUUAUAUUACUUUAAUUUACUAAUAAAAUGUACCCAAAAUUUUUCUGUUCACAAGUA